CGUACUGAGAGUCGGUAACCUGCGCUAACGGUCAGUAACAAACGCCUGUGACUUAUAAAUGUCUUUGCAAGUGGUGGACGUUGCUUCGGCCUACAACGUCAACCCUGGAACUUUGAUCCCGUGCCCUACGCUACACCAUGCCUAAAGACGCAUGCCAGGAAACGCCUCCUCAGUCAGUCCAGUGCUCUGGUGUGCCUCAGCACUGGGGCCCUGACAUUUUCAUCGCGCAAACGACACCGACUUCGAGGACUGGCUGACGGCAUAUGAAAGGGAGACUCGAGGUUGUCCACAUAGGAGCUGGCUCAACAGUUUGCUGACAGUUGCAAGCCAAGGUUGUCAUGGUUUACUGGACCAUGCGGGGGCCAGUGGUUAUAGCUGUCUUGCGACGUUUGCCUCGCAUUGCUCUGGCCUUCCUUCUGCUUCCAACGACUCUUCUCGAGAUGACGAAGGCAGAAGUGCUGUACGAGAUGUAUGCCGCCACACCGUACCAGACUGGUGGAGAUGUCUACUGCUCCACCUAUGCGGCGGACUCCUACGAAUACCCGACGUGGGCUGAGUACUUCGGCGGUGGCUGCGAGGGACGCCAGUGCAAGUUCAGAGGGGGCGACAUGCUUGUGCACCACUUCAGAUGCCGACCAGGGAUUGCGUCGCAGUCUCGCCGGUGCCGAAGCCCGGAGGAGGACAGCUCGUUCCCGAAUUGCUGCCUUCCUGCCUGCAGCGACGCACUCUACUGAAACGAUAGUGAGAAAGAUCCGCUUCUUCGCGGAAGCACGAAUGCCAAAGAUGUUUUCGUAUGUCAAACAGCUUCCCCGUGCCUUUUGAUCUUCAUUAUAUUUUUCGCAGAGAUAAAAAUGUUUUCUCUGAAUUUC